CCGGAACUGGACUAUUUUUUAAAAUACCUAGCUAGCUAGCGCCGUUCAGUCGACCGCUUGGCCAGUGGCAACUCGAGUGUCUCUCAAACUCUGGCUCUUUCAAAAGUUCUGAACUCCUCGAUCGAGGCACCUUUCUCUUUUGCCCGCAAUCUUGCGCCCACAAACCUUCAUUUCCAACACUUCGUCUCUUUUUUCACAGUCCGACAACAAGCAGCAUCCUACCGUACUUUAAAGACCGCAAUGACUUCAGCCCGUACACCCAGUGCCAUGUCUGGCGCCUUCUCCUCGGGACACCUAGGUGCUUCUCAAUCAAACUACAGCCAUGAUCAAGAUCAUGUUGAGUGCGGUCAGGAUGAAGUGAACAACCUUACGAGGAACGAGACCAAACAAAUUCGGUUCUGGAAGGCUCUCGUUGUUUUCUUACUUUUACUGACAGCAUGUGUUGUGUCGGCAGGAUCCUAUAAGAUUAUGAGAAGUGAUGAAGAGAACACCUACAAAAACGCCUACAAUCAAGUUGUUCAAAUCAUCCGAAGUGCUGCCGAGUUUCAUUCAUCCAACCUGUUCGUGUCCUUUAGUGCCUUCUCAGACACUAUUACUGAAUCAGCUGAUUCUUUGGAUGAAACCUUUCCUUUUGUAUCCAUUCCCAUGUUUGAAACUAUGGCUGCUCAUGUUCGCUCCACCACUGGUGCAGAGAUGAUCAAUUGGCAUGCCAGGGUGGAAGAAGACCAGCUAGAAGCAUGGAACAACUACACCCAGUCGAACUACAAGACCAAUUUAGCAAUGAGCCGAGCUACGGCUCUCAAAUUGCAGCCAAAAGGGUCUUCUGUCAAACCCAUUGACUUUAUGGAUGGUGACAUUGCACCACACCCAUACAUCCCCAACUUUAAGGAGGGUGGGAUCAUCCUUGCUCCAACUUAUGGAGAAGGCCCAUACUAUCCUGCCUGGAUGGUGUCUCCCCCUAUUUUCAAUCCCUCCUUUAUUAACAGUGACCCUGCUCCCUGGGUUUUGAAGAAAGAAGUCUCUGCUGUCAUGGAAGCAAGGCGCUUGGUGUUGACAGACACUGUUGCAGUUGAGAAUCUUGCCAACCGUGCCAUCAAGCUUGAGGACCAUGAAGCCUACCAUGCCUCAUUGGUAGAUUAUGUUAAUGAGGAAGGGGAGUCUGCCUUUAUGCAUCCACAUUCGGCAGUCAUGGUCCCCGUGUUUGAGAGGCUCCACGAUCCAGAAUCAAGAAUUGUUGGGACCUUUGCAGUGGUGAUAACGUGGGAUCGCUAUCUUGUCAACCUACUACCUGAAGGUGUUGAUGGGAUCAUCUGUGUUUUACGCAACAGCUGUGGCAAGGCAUGGACAUACGAGCUCCAUGGCAACUCAGCAUAUUACAUUGGAGAAGGAGACUUCCACGACCCAGCUUAUUCUGAUACUGAAGCAGUCAUACCCUUUGAUGACCCCAAUUCUGAUCCGGUCAACGGGGAGUGCCACUAUUCGUAUCACGUAUAUUCCUCAGAUCCCUUCCAUGGGAACUGUAUGUCAAGUCUUCCCUGGACUAUGGCACUGGUCAUGGCUGCAACCUUUUCUGUCAUGAUAAUUUCCUUUGUCAUCUAUGACUGGUUCAAUGCAAAGCGCAACAAAAAGGUGGUUGGCCAUGCCACAAACACAAAUGCAAUUGUAGCAUCGCUCUUCCCGCACGAUGUCAAGAAUCGGCUAAUGGAGGAACAGGAAGAGAAAAAAGUGCAGACAAAGAAGGCAAUGGAUCCGCUGAGCAACUUUCUAAACAACAGUGAACGGCAGAGCCUAUCUACAAUCAGUGAAUGUCCUGCCAGUUGCAGGAAGAAGGCAGACCCAAUAGCUGAUCUCUACCCAGAGUGCACUGUGUACUUUGCGGAUAUUGCUGGCUUCACUGCUUGGUCCUCAUCCCGGCAGCCAGUGGAUGUAUUCCGGCUAUUGGAAGCAAUCUACUCGGAGUUCGAUCGGAUUGCCAAGCGGAGGCGUGUUUUUAAAGUUGAAACGAUUGGAGAUUGCUAUGUUGCCAUUACAGGCAUCCCUAAGCAACACAAAGACCAUGCAGUAGCAAUGGCGAAAUUUGCUUGGGAUACACGGGACAAGAUGCGUGACGUGACCAAGUCCCUUCGGUCUUCGCUUGGUGAAGAUACAGGAACCCUGGAUCUCCGAAUCGGCUUGCACUCCGGUCCAGUGACGGCAGGAGUGCUUAGGGGAGAAAAGGCACGCUUCCAGUUAUUUGGUGAUACAGUCAACACGGCAGCUAGGAUGGAAUCGAACGGACUCAAGGGGAAAAUCCAAAUCUCAAUGGAAACAGCUGACAGUCUAUGUGGCCAAGGAAAAGACAACUGGUUCACAGCCCGAGAAGAUCUUAUCGAGGCUAAAGGGAAGGGCAAGCUGCAAACGUUCUGGAUGGAGAACGCACGUCCUGGAUCUUGCGACAACCAGGCAUCACUCAGCGGGUCCAGCUGUAUGAUUGACAUGGAUGAAGAUGAGUCAGAAAGCACAGCAGAUACAUCUCUGGUUGAGACUACAUGUGCCACAGAGAAUGUUGAAAGCAAGUACGUGGAUGUUUAAGGAAACCCACAUGUACAGGUCAUUCUGGGAGAGCUCGGAACAAAUUUAUUCAUGCAUUACACGAAACCUUUAGAAUAAGUAGUUACAAGUGCUUGUUUAUAUCCUCGU